GGCGCGGGGCGGGCGCGGGUUCUCCAUCCGGGCGCGGCGAUGCGGGUGCACCUGGGCGCGCUGGCGGGCGCGGCGGCGCUCGGCGGGGCUCUCAGCUUCGUGCUCCUGGCGGCCGCCGUGGGCACGGACUUCUGGUACAUCAUCGACACGGAGCGGCUGGAGCGCGCGGGGGGCGCCAACCGGAGCCAGCCGGAGCCCCUCAGCUCGCACUCGGGGCUCUGGCGCACCUGCCGGGUGCAGAGCCCGUGCGCGCCGCUGAUGAACCCCUUCUGGCCCGAGAACGCGACGGUCAGCGACGCCAGCCGCCAACUUCUGACCAUGCACGGCACCUUCCUCAUCCUGCUGCCUCUCAGCCUGGUCCUGAUGGUGUUCGGGGGCAUGGCGGGCUUCCUCAGUUUCCUCCUGCGAGCCUCACGCCUGCUGCUUCUCACUGGAACCCUCUUCCUCUUUGGAGCGCUGGUGACCCUGGCCGGCAUCAGCGUGUACAUUGCCUACUCGGCCGCCGCCUUCCGGGAGGCACUGUGUCUGCUGGAGGAGGCGGCGCUGCUGGAGCAGGUGGACAUCCGCUUCGGCUGGUCCCUGGCCCUGGGCUGGGCCAGCUUCAUCGCCGAGCUGCUCACCGGGGUGGCCUUCCUGUCCGCCGCCCGCGUGCUCAGCCUGAGGCGGGUGCAGGAGGGCGCCAUCUGA